GGAUGUCGCAAACUACGUGAAAGAGAUCUCAAAAGAGAUUUGGCGCCUGGAUUCCUUCUUCGAGCACAAUCUUAAGAUGGUGUUUGAGCUGUAUGGUGGGAAACGCUGCAGGCGGGCCGUCCUGGAGAUACAGGACCGGCUCAGAAGACGCCCCGACCUGUGUGGCGAACUCGUCCUCAUUCACCUCAUUGAUCAAAUCGAUGAUGACGCCACUUUGGACUGGGCGCAUGCCCGCGCGCGGUACGGCCCUGAUCAUUUGUGGACCGAAGACUAG